CGUGUGUCUCCCGUUUUUUUUUCUGCUCCACGGGAGAAAAAGGACAGAGUGGGUUUAACAUGAAUAAAGAGAGAUGUUAUGACCCAAACGACUCCACGCUGGAGUUUGUCGACGCCGAGGACGCGCUCGAUUUUGAGUGUGAGGAGUUUAAAUCUCCAACAGCCAAGAUGUCGUGUGGUCACGCCGUCACUCCCACGUCACUCACCAAAUGGUGUCGCAGAUUGUUGGAUCAGGGAAGGUGCUCGUUUGUCUGUGGCGUUCCUGGCUGCGACGUCCAGUGGCCCUAUGUGGAGGUUCGUAAAAUGGCUCUGCUUACGGAUGAUGAAACUCGAUACUUUGAGAUGAAAAUGGCUCUCAAUUCUUCCCAAAAUUUCCUGGGCAGUAAAUCAUGUCCAGGCUGCAAGACUUCAGUGAUGAGGCAGCGCACUGACAAUCAGUGUGUCCGAUGCACGGUGUGCACCGCCGACCGAGGGACGACCUACCAGUUCUGCUGGCAGUGUUUGAGGGAGUGGAAAGGUUCGGCGCCGCGCUCAGACGGCUGUGACAACACGAACUGCAAAAUGCAUUUACUAGAAACACUUAAAACCUGCUCAGAAAUCACCUUCAAAGACGUGAAGGGCGUCACCGGCUGUCCGUCCAUACGCGCCUGUCCCACCUGUGGCUCACUGGUGUCGCACGACACAACUCGCUGUAAAAACAUCACGUGUGCAAACUGCAAAGUCGAGUUCUGUUUUGUCUGCCUCAAGCUCACCGUACUUUGUCAUAAAACAAGCGCCUAUUACAAACCUUGUUCCAGCGGCGUGGCCCCUCGGCAGACCGCCAUACCCGUGUGGCAGAAGAAAUAACCACCACUUCAACAUUCAUUUUGACUGCGCGGGUCACACAGUCCGUCAAAAAAAAUAAAAAAUAAAAUCUCGAUAUUAUCAAUCACAUUUUUGAAUAAUUCCACAUCAAUAAACAAAAUAUCUUGUGUUAUCGUCCA